CCGAAGCAGCAUCAUGAGCACAAGGCAGGGAGCUGUCCUCUCCCACUUGCCUCUGGACACUUGUUCUUCCCAGCUUCAACUUUACCGGCUGCGUUCGGCUGCGUUCGGAGGAGUCUAAGGAUUUCCUGACAGGGAGACGAUAAUGCACCUGAUUCCAAGCAGCAGGGAAGGCUGCAGCUGGGAGAGGACUGAAGAAAGAGAGGCUGUGGUCAGUGUGACUUAAGGGAGCUCCAGGCGCGCCUGCUAGGCAGAGACCUCUCUGCACUCAGAAAAAGCCAGAGCACCGACACUGGCCUGGCUUGCGGAUGAGGGAAAGAGACUGAGAGGAGCAUGGGGCACCGGCCAGUCCCCCCGGGGGCAAGAAAGGCAUCUGGGAGACAGCCAGUCUGGUUGAUGCCGCUCUGCCUAUGCCUGUAUGCAGCAGGAGGUUGCCUGGGCCAGGUGUAUAACCUCAGCCUGGCCGUGGACGAAGGGCUGCCGGCGGAUACUCUGGUGGGGGACAUCAGCGCGGGGCUUCCCCCAGGCGGGGCGCACCCGGGGGGCUUCUUUCUCUCCGAAGAGAGCGGCGAGUCGGCGGUGCUGGCGGAUUUCCACGUGCACACCGACACCGGCAUCAUCCGCACGGCGCGGCCCCUGGACCGCGAGCGCCGGGCGCACUACAGCUUCGUGGCGGCCACGCUGCAGGGCGAGAUGGUGCAGGUGGAGAUCACCGUGGCCGACGUGAACGACCACGAGCCCCGCUUCCCCCGGGACUCGGUACGGCUCGCCGUCUCCGAGCUCAGCCCGCCCGGCAGCGUCUUCCGACUGCCGGCGGCGCGGGACCCCGACGCCGGGCGUUUUGGCACCCAGGGCUACUCUCUGCUGCCGGCCGACCCGGGCACGGAUCAGGAGGGAGGGCCGCCGUUCCAACUGCGCUACGGGGUCUCUCCGGACACUCUGGAUCUGGCGCUGCUGCAAAGGCUGGAUCGGGAGCGGAGGGGCUCGUACCGGCUCCUGGUGGAAGCCUGGGACGGCGGGAGCCCCCGGCGGAGCGGCCGCCUGCGCGUGGAGAUCCAGGUGCUGGACGAGAACGACAACGCGCCGGCUUUCGAGCGGAGCGAGUACCGCGCCGGCGUGCGGGAGGACGCUCCGGCGGGUAGCCCCGUGUGCCGCCUGGUGGCCACCGACCCGGACCUGGGCGCCAACGGCGAGGUCCGCUACCGCCUCAGCCGCCGCCAGGGCGACCCUUCGGCGGCCUCUUAUUUCGAGGUGGACGAGCGCACCGGGGAGCUCCGCCUGCGGCGACCGCUGGACCGCGAGGAACGCGCGCUGCACCGCCUGGCCGUGGAGGCCCGCGACGGCGGCGCCCAGCCCGAAGUGGCCACGGCGCUGGUGGCCGUCGAGGUGCUGGACGUGAACGACAACCCGCCGGCCAUCCACCUGCUCUUCCUCUCCGAGGCCGGCGCCAGCGUCUCCGAGGGCGCCCGGCCCGGGGACUACGUGGCCCGCGUCUCCGUGUCGGACCGGGACGGCGAGGGCGCAGCGGAGGGCGGCGGCGUGGCGCUCAGCCUGCAGGGCGGGGACGGCGCCUUCUCCCUGCGGCCCUCGGGCGACGGCGUUUUUUUCCUGUGCGUGGAGGGCGCCUUGGACCGCGAGAGCCGCGACGCCUACGAGCUCCGCCUGGUGGCCACCGACUCGGGCUCGCCGCCCCUCUCCUCGCAGCGGGCGCUGCUGCUCCGCGUGGCCGACCUGAACGACCAGGCGCCCGCCUUCGCGCAGCCCCGCUACCGCGCCACGGUCUCCGAGGCGGCCUCGCCUGGCACCGUCGUGGCGCGCCUCAGCGCCUCCGACGGCGACCAGCCGGACUCGCCCAACGCCCAGGUGCGCUACAGCCUGGCCGCCCCGCACGCGCUCUUCCGCCUCGACCCGCUCAGCGGCGUGCUCAGCGUGCGAGGGGGGCUGGACCACGAGCGCGAGGCGCGGCUGGAGGUGCUGGCGUGGGCGCGGGACGCGGGCGAGCCUCCCCUGUCCGCCUCGUGCCUGGUGAGCGUCAGCGUGGAGGAUGCCAACGACAACGAGCCCGUCUUCGAGCAGCAGGUCUACAACGCCAGCCUGGCCGAGCACUCGAAGCCUGGCCUUUGCCUACUGCAGGUCAAGGCAACCGACAGAGACUCAGGCCAUUUUGGCCAUAUUGAGUAUUUUCUGUAUGAUGGAUUCCAUAACUAUGAAAAAUCGAAAGCAUUCCAGAUAGACCCAAGCAGUGGCCACAUAUGUGUGUCUCAGGACAUUGACAGGGAAGAAGAUCCUUCUGCUUAUGAUCUUUUAGUGAAAGCUACUGAUGGGGGUGGGCUAAGUGCCCAAGCUUUUCUUCGCAUUGAGAUAGAGGACAUUAAUGAUAAUCACCCUAUCUUCAACCCUGAAACUUACAUGACAAGCAUCAGCAAUCAUAUGCAGCCAGGAACUGAGGUCAUGAAUGUUGUUGCUACAGACAAGGAUUCUGGGAUAUAUGGAGCUGUAACUUAUGAAGUGGUACCAGGUGACUUCUCUUCCCUCUUCACAGUGGAUACGACAACAGGAAUUAUUUAUCUGAUAUCAGCUCUCAAUAAUGUGGAACAUAGCAAUGUGCAGUUGACAAUCUCUGCUCAGGAUGGAGGUGGUCUUUGUUCAGUUGUGAAUGCAGUUGUGACUGUGAGGAUCCUCCAGACUGCCAUGGCUCCUGCUGUAUUUGAGCGAUCACGCUAUACAUUCUCCAUCCCUGAAGAUAUCCCUGAAGGCAGUGUGGUGGGAACAGUCAAAGCAAGGGAGCCUUUGAAUUUCUUGGAAACAGUUUCAUACAGAAUUUCCUCUGGUGACCCUUAUGGAAGAUUCUCUAUUGACUCUCAAUAUGGCAUUAUCCGCACCAAAAAACAGCUUGAUCAUGAAACUCAUUGUCAUAUACUUCUUACGGUGCAGUCACAGUUGGGGAACUCCCCUGUCUACAGCAAUGCACAGGUUAACAUAACCGUAAUAGAUGUCAAUGACAACCCUCCAGUGUUUGUUACAGAAUCCGAUAAGAUAAGUAUAUCAUAUAGCACAGUGUCUGGCACAGCUCUGUACGUUGCUCAUGCAGAAGACAAAGACAGUGGGCCAAAUGGAGCAAUCAAAUACUCUAUUGCAGGAAAUCAAUCAGGUGUUUUUACUAUUGAUCCAGAUCUUGGAGUGGUGUAUCUUUCCAGGACUCUGGUUGCUGAUAAACAGAAAGAGUACACAAUACGCAUUGCAGCUGAAGAUCAUGGAAAUCCCCCCCUGAGUUCUUUGAUGAUCCUGUCUGUGAUUGUUGAUGAACAGAAGGGACUCCCCACUUUGAGUUUUGAAAAUUUGAUCUAUCAUGUGGAUGUCAGAGAGACAUGUCCCAUAGGUUCCAUAAUUCUUCAAGUACAAGCCCAGACAUUAGAUCCACAAUCUGUUCCUGGGCUUUUUGUAUAUUCUUUAGAGCACAGCACAGAUUCUACUUCAUUUAGAAUCAACCCAACAACAGGCAGCAUUUACCUACGAAAUCCCUUAGACUAUGAACUAACCCAGUUAUUCAGUUUUAGAGCCUAUGUUACUACCCCAAUGGCUAAGUCAGGACAAAAUGCAAGUACCUCAGUCAUUGUUAACAUCCUUGAUGAAAAUGACAAUUCUCCCGUGUUCAUGCGUGAUGUCUACUUUUUUGAAAUUGAAGAAAGUUCACUACCCCAAGGCGUGGUUGGCACAAUUACUGCAGUUGACAAAGACUCUGGGAGAAAUGGGCAGCUCUCUUAUUUCCUCUUAUCUGAUGGAAAAUAUUUCAAGAUCAAUUCCAAUACAGGUGAAGUUAUAAAUUGGGUUGCAUUAGACUACGAGCAGCAAGCUCACCACCAACUGGUUGUACUAGUGAGUGACCAUGGUGCUCCUCGACAUAAUGCAACAGUAACGGCCUAUAUUUCGGUUACUGACCUCAAUGAUAACCAUCCCUUCUUCCCUCAGUUUUCUUCUGGGGCAGAGUUCAGCUUGAAGGUACUGGAAGGGCAGCCAGCAGGGACACUCGUUGCCACUGUAUAUGCCAAGGAUCUUGAUUCUGGAAACAACGGAAUGGUGUCAUAUUCAUUGUCAUCAGGAGAAAGUUUAGGUCACUUUCAGAUCGACAGCAGUAGUGGUGAGUUAAGAACUACUGAAGCUAUUUUGUAUAAUUGGAGGUCGGCCUACCGAAUGGUAGUCACUGCAACUGAUCAGGGAAUCCCUUCACUUCAAGGACAAAUGCACAUCAUUGUUGAGGUUAUCCCACUUCCUAAAGGAAGUUCUGUUUCUUCACAAAACAUCAGACAUUUUGUCAUACCAGAAAAUUUUAGACCUGCACAAGUAUUGGGCUGUCUAAGACUACAUCUGUAUAAUAAUACCAAGCAACAUUAUAGCAUUUAUGAAGAAGACUCUGAUGUUCCAUUUGAAGUUGACAGCUCUUCUGGGGAUCUUCUUCUCUCCAAAGAACUUGAUUAUGAAAUAGCAUCUCACUACUUCUUUAGAGUGGUUGUUAAUAACGAUGAGAAUAGUCUUCCACAAAAUAGUACUAUUUUCAUCAGUGUUGAUAUUGAAGAUCAAAAUGACCACUCACCUUCUUUUCAGAAUGGCUUUGUUGUGAUUGGCAUAGAAGAAAACGUGCCUGUUGGCACUUUGGUGUAUACGUUUAAUGCAAGAGAUGGAGAUGGCAGUUUUCUGAAUAGCAACAUACAGUACUCUAUACACAAGGAAAACUUUACUGAAAAUCCAUUUCUCAUCCAUCCUUUUUAUGGUAACUUAAUCACAGCAGUUCUUCUUGACCGAGAGAUGACGCAGUCUGUUAUCCUGACAGUUGUGGGAGCUGAUCAAGCUGUAAACUUGACUGACCGGAGACAAAGUUCAUUGACCGCCCAAAUAAUCAUUUUGGAUGUCAAUGACAACCACCCUACCUUUGUUUCAUCACCUAUUUCCUACAUCAGAGAAGAUGCAGAGAUAGGAUCCCUAGUACACUGCAUAGUUGCUCAUGAUCCAGACCAAGGGAGGAAUGGUCAAAUUACAUAUUAUCUCCUCUCAAAUGAAGACCAUGUAUUUGCAAUAGACAGAUCCUCAGGACUGCUAACAACCACCUUUGCUUUGGACCGUGAAAACCAAGAGUAUUACAACUUGACCAUAGUGGCUGUGGAUGAUGGCACUCCAGCACUAUCUGCAACUCAGAUUCUGACAGUAAUUGUUCUCGAUAUAAAUGACGAGUCACCGGUAUUUACAAAAUCUCUAUAUCAAGCUUCCAUAUAUGAAAACAAAGAUCCAAGAGAGGUUGUCAUUAAAAUAGAAGCUACAGAUAAAGAUUCAGGAACCAAUUCUCUGCUUCACUAUGAAAUUUUUCCGGGACCUGGGCAUGAGAUUUUUCAGAUAAACUCUGAUACUGGUGAGAUUACAACAGCCAUUUCACUUGACAGGGAAACUCAAGAGAUCUUCACUAUUAAAGUGAUGGUUCGAGACAGCGGAAGCCCUGUUUUAUCCAGCACAGCAUCAGUUGUCAUCAGAAUACUGGAUGAAAAUGACCACGCUCCCAAGUUCCUACUUCCUGUUUCUGAGAUCCGAAUUCUGGAGAAUCAAGAGCCUUCAAUAGUAUCAACUAUACUGGCUGUGGAUAUGGAUGCUGCCAAUAACGGAACUGUGCAGUGUCACAUCAUUGAUGGAAAUGUUAGAGGAUACUUUGCUUUGAAUGAAACUUCUGGAGACCUUUCCACCAUUUGUGGCUUAGACAGAGAGAUUGUCAGCAACUUUACUCUCAUCAUUGAGUGCUCUGAUUUUGGUAGUCCACAGAGAAACUCCAUGACCCAUUUACAGAUCACAGUCCUUGAUGAAAAUGACAACCACCCUUUGUUUACAAGGAACCACUAUCAAACCUCUGUGAGAGAAGAUCUGGGAGAAGGAUCAGCAGUUCUUCAACUGCAUGCUGUUGAUGGAGACGAGGGCCCAAAUGGAGAGGUUAGAUACUCUGUCAUGGAUGAUACUCUUGGAGUAUUUACCAUUAACCGGAUUACUGGCAUAAUAACUACUACAAGACCACUAGACCGGGAGAAAAAAUCUCACUUUGUAUUCAGGGUAGUGGCAACUGACUCAGGAAUCCUGGGACCCAGAAGCACCAGUGUUACCAUCACUGUUCAUAUUGAAGAUGUUAAUGACAACAGUCCUUUUUUUGUUCAGAAUCCUGUCAGAGCUUCUGUGCCUUUUCGGACAUCUUUGAAUCAGACAAUAGCUACUGUGAAGGCCAGUGACUUUGACCUGGAUCUAAAUGGUGCUGUGAAUUUUAUGUUUAAAACACCAGAAACUAUGUUUCAGGUAGAUGCAGAUACAGGAGAAAUCUUUCUUCAAGAACCUAUACCUCAUCAGGAUUUUGUUACCUACCUUUUUGUAUUGGCUUCAGAUAAAGGAGUUCCCUCCAGAACAGCUACUGCUGUUUUGACCAUCUCUUCUGAAACACUAACAGAGACUAUUUCAUUCAGUCACAGCCAGUAUGAAGUAAACGUGCCUGAAAACACUGAAAAAGGCACUGCUGUUUUCACGCUAGCUGCUUAUGUCCGUGGCUUGAUGGGAAGGGGUUUAAAGUACACCCUCAUCAGUGAACAUGAAGACAUUUUCUCCGUCCAUCCCAUCACGGGUGUAAUCACAGUAGAGAAACCAGAAUUUCUUGACUAUGAAGUCAGGCAAAAGGUGCAGUUUACAGUUUUAGCUGACGAUGGCUUGAGCUCAGCACUAUGUGGAAUGACAGUUUUAAUACAAGACAUGAAUGAUAAUGCACCUCAUUUUGAACAAAGCUAUUUUACAGCAUCGGUGUGGGAAGGCCAGUUCUACAGCACCUAUAUUAUGCAGAUCUAUGCAACUGACUCAGACAGUGGCAUAAAUGGAGAAAUCGAAUAUUCAAUUUUAUCUGGCAACACAAAUGAAGCAUUUCUCAUUGAUUCAGCACAAGGAGUUAUAUCAACCUACACAGUCUUCAAUAGGGAAGACAUUUCAUCAUACAGGUUGGUUUUACAAGCUGCUGACAGGGGAACUCCCAGGCUAUCAGCUACAAGUACAGUUGAUAUACAAGUAGUGGAUAUCAAUGAUAACGCUCCAACUCUCAGGCCACUAGACACAGUGGAACUCCCUGAAAAUACCCCACUUGGCUUCUUUGUGAUGCAAGUCCUGGCAGAUGAUAUGGACCUGGGCCCACCUCUUCACUAUAGCUUUGCUAAGGGUGGUAAUCCUGGAAGGAAAUUUGCAAUUGACAAAUACACGGGAAUAAUCACAUUGGUGCAGGCAUUAGACUUUGAAGAAAUUGCUCAGCUUGAACUAUUGAUCAGAGUUUCAGAUUCUGUGCAUCACACCACAGAAAAACUUCUAAUACUUAUAUCCGAUGUGAACGAUAAUCCACCAGUAUUCACUCAGGAUGUAUAUCAGGUGAUCAUACCAGAACUCACACCUACAAAUGCGUGUAUUUUAACUGUAUGUGCCACUGACAGAGACUCAGGGUAUAACGGAAAGGUUGCUUAUAGAGUUCUUUCCUCUUCUGAUUCAUUUUCUGUUGAUCCAAGAAAUGGCUCACUAUUUUUGGAUAAGCCACUGAUGUACCAGGACAAAACUCCAACUAUUCAGCUCCUAGUAGAAGCUGCUGACUAUGGAAAUCCUCCUCUGACUGCCAUUUCUUCAGUGGUUGUCCAUAUACGGGAUGUGAAUGAUGUAGUUCCUCAAUUUACAAUGGCAGCAUAUAAUCUCAGUGUAAGAGAAAAUGUAUCCAUUGGAGAGAAGCUGUUCACAUUUUCUGCUGUUAACAAUGAUAUGUCACAUGAACAUAACUCCAUUGAAUAUUCUAUUAUUGGUGGUAAUGGAAGUAACAAAUUCCUUGUGGAAACGGGCAUCAUUGGGCCACAAUCUCCAAAUAAAGUGGUUGGAAAUCUCAUGUUGAGAAGCCUUCUAGACAGAGAAAAAGCGUCAUCUUACCAAUUAUUCAUUCUUGCAUCUGACCGUUCGAAUACUCUUUUAAACUCCACGGCUACGGUAUCCAUCACGGUUUUGGAUGUUAACGACAGCCCACCUAUAUUUACCAACGUGGAAUACCAUGUUCAUGUUAGAGAAAAUACUCCAGUUGGAAGUCAUAUUACUGUGGUUUCAGCAAGUGAUGGUGAUGUUGGAUCUAAUGCAGAAGUGACUUACAAUAUUGUCUCUGGAAACGACAAGGAACAUUUUCGGUUGGAUGGGAAAACUGGCUCUCUUGAUCUGGUCCGACCUCUGGAUUAUGAAGACACGGUGGCAUUCAGUUUGACUAUUCAAGCCUCUGAUGGAGGAGUUGAUAUAAAAAAUGCAGCUUUUGCUACUAUUUUUGUCAGUGUUCUUGAUGACAAUGAUUAUGCACCAAUAUUUGUAUUUCCUAACCUGGACUGCAGAGUACAUGAAAAUCUGCCAUCAUUUUCUUUUGCGUGCACAAUCUCUGCACUAGAUUUUGAUACUGGCCCCUAUGGUCACCUUUCUUAUUCCAUCCAAUCCUCAUGUUUGUCUGGCCAUGGAACUUUUUUAGAUGAUGACAUGUUUUUCAUAGAUCCUCUGACUGGGGCUAUCCAUACUAAACAAGCCCUUGACUUUGAACACCAGAAUAAGUAUUGCUUCGUAGCUCAAGCGAGAGACAAGAGUGAUGCCACGGCCACUGUUACAGUUUGGGUGACAGUUGAAGGAACAGAUGAGUUUGACCCAGUUUUUAACCAAAAUCAUUAUUUUUUCAAUUUCCCUGAAAAGAAUGAAGUAGGGGAGUUGGUUGGCAGAGUGUCAGCAUCAGAUUAUGACAGAGGAUUGGAUGGUGUUGUUCAUUACAGUCUGCUAAAACAAUCCCCUUUCUUUUCUGUGAAUCAAAGCAAUGGGGCUAUCUAUUUGACUAAACCUUUUCACAGGAAAAGGAACUUCAUGAAGAGAAAAGAAGACACCCUUGAAUUGCUUAUCAAAGCUCAUAGCCCAAAACCAGCCUCUAAAUUUAGUACGUGCACAGUUACAGUGAAUAUUUCUACUACGCCAGAGAGCUCUUCCAUAUUGCCACCCCACACCCUGACCAUUAGUAUUGCUGCCUUUGCUGUGCUGUUCCUGUUUCUUGCCAUUGGUUUUGCAGUGCUUAUUGUAAGAUACAGACAAAAAGAUGCAGUGAACUCCAGCAAAAAAAAAGAGAUGGAGGUAAUGAAAGGUAAUGAAGGUAAUGAAAAUAGGGCCCCUGAAGGUGCUCAGAAUACUCCAAUCCUAGCUACAAGUACCCUUCCCAUAAGCUCCAUAGCUGAAUGGCUAAGUUUGGUAGGCAUUAGAGAAAGGCAGGAUAUGGGUAAUCCCUGCAGACAUUCGGACUCUAGUGGCCAUGGCUCUGCAGAAGGCGAAACAGCAGAAGAUGAGGAAAUACAGAGGAUUAAUGAGCACCCUUGCCGGAAAGGUUCUGGAUCAGCUUUAAGUGACCAAGGUUCACGAAUGCCAGACUCAGGAAUUCCAAGGGACUCUGAUCAGCUUUCAUGUCAGUCUGGAGAGACAGACAUUGCUGUGAUUCAAAGUGCAGAGACUAUCCAGAUCUUCAGAGAUGGAGGCGGAGGAGAAGAAAGAGAAUGUAACACCAAGUAUACUAGUAAUAACAUGUUAUUACUUCAGAACAUGGGGAUAAAGGAAAUGGACAUAAUGAAAGACAUCUCACAAGAAUAUAACUUCAUACCUGAUGGCCAGAACUCCCAUUAUGGAUCUCUUGCUACCCUAGUAGACUCUGGUGAGGAUCUUAGAAGUAGUUAUAACUGGGAUUACUUGUUAAAUUGGGAACCCAGAUUUAAACCUCUUGCAUCUGUGUUCAGUGAUAUUGCAGAACUGAAAGAUGAAAGUAUAAAAACAUUCAGCUUUUCUCAGGAGAAGAAAUCUUUCAUUUUCCCCCCUCCCUUGAUUACGUCUGUAGCUCAACCUGGCUUAAUAACUGUUCCCCCACGAAUGCCAAGUCUCCUACCAGGUCAGGCAUUUAAAAACUAUCCUCACUCACCGCUCCUCCAUAGCCUAAGAUAUCCUUCAUCAACCAUGACUCCUAGUUUUUCUCCUUCUCUGUCCCUGCUUACAGUGCAGACACCAUGGGAUCCCCAGUAACCUCACAUCCCAGCCUAAAGGGAAUGUGCCCAGGUGAACCAACAUGUGAACUUUCAAUAGAAGAAGAAAUCCAAGUGUAGGUUGUUUACCAUUGGUACCCAAAUUAGUUGAACAUUUGGCAAAAAGUAUUUCCCAUGCUUUUUAAUGAGCACAGCAUGCCAUGUCUAUAUCUGUAAAUAUUUUUAUUUUUAUGAUCUGAAAAUGAUUAUUUAGCUGAUCUCUUUAGCUGCAAAUUUCACCCUACAUUUGCCUUUACCUUUGUGGUAUUUCUUUUUGAAAUGCUCAGAAUUCUAAUGCAAAAAGUGUUUGGGUUCUGCUUGUUCUACUCAUCAAAGGGAAUCCCAGUUGUAAUAUAUCUUCCAUAUUAAUGUUAGCUCCUAAAAUUUGGUAAAUGGAGGUUGGGGGCAUGGAAUUUGUUGGAUAUCCAUGGUCUCCAUGGGCCCACACAUUGCUGGUUGCUGACAUUCAGGCAAGUAUAAUGCUGUUUUAUUUCUUCCAGUAAGCUACUCCUAUUCUCAGGCAAGCAUAUUUCAGUUGCAACUAAACUAAGUUGUUACAUUAUAUUCAAUGUAUGCAGAAUUAUACUUACAGACAGACUCACAUUUUUGUGUGAACACAUUUAUUGUAUCAGAUCAGAAUAUAUAGGCCAGUACUUUUUAGGGGGGUUUUUUUAGCUUCAAUGUAUUCAUAAACACCUUUGUCUUUGUUUUUGGGUUUUUUUCCUCUCUCAAUAGGAAUAUUAAACCAAACAAGCCUAUUGGGCAACAUUAAUUUAUGAAUUGUAUAUUUGCUAAAUAUGUAUGUAUAUAACAAAGUAUAACUAAAAUGUAUGAUCAUAAUAUUUGAUACAAUUGCUUAGCUAAAUGUAACAGUUUUUAAAAAUAUAAUGUUUAUAUAUAUUUAUAUUUAUAUUUAUACUGUGAAGCCUUAAUUUGUAUUCUCUUAUUUUUAAUUGAAAUGAAAGACUCGGGAUAAGCAGG